AACGCACUUCCGGCGUACUGCGUGAGAAACAUGGCUGCGUCCCAGCAGCAAGUUUCUGCGGCUUCCUCCGCUGCUGGUGUGUCGGGACCAGGUUCGGCUGGUGGCCCGGGUACCCAGCAGCAGCCGCAACCACCGACACAACUUGUAGGGUCUGCCCAGAGUGGGCUUUUGCAGCAACAGCAACAGGACUUCGACCCUGUGCAACGCUAUAAGAUGCUUAUCCCACAGCUGAAGGAGAGUCUUCAGACUUUGAUGAAGGUUGCAGCCCAGAACUUGGUUCAGAACACUAACAUUGACAACGGACAAAAAAGCAGUGAUGGACCCAUACAACGCUUUGACAAAUGUCUGGAGGAGUUCUAUGCCCUCUGUGACCAGCUGGAGCUCUGCCUGCGCCUGGCACAUGAGUGCCUGUCACAGAGUUGCGACAGUGCCAAGCACUCUCCCCUGCUGGUGCCCACAGCCACCAAACCGGAUGCAGUACAGCCUGACAGUCAGCCCUACCCUCAGUACCUGGCGCUCAUCAAAGCCCAGAUUGCCUGUGCCAAGGACAUUCACACCGCUCUACUGGACUGUGCCAACAAGGUCACGGGGAAGACUCCUGCACCACCUACAGGCCCUGGGGGUGCCCUGUGAGGUGGCAGGGUUGGGAGGGGAGCGGGCUAGGAGGUGGGCAGGCUGUGGGGGAGAGGGACUGGGAGAGAAUGAAAAGUAGCCUCAAA